AUGGGGGCGAAGGCCCAGGAAUCGGUUACCAGUUCAUUUCCGCUUGGCUUGGCCGUGCUGGAGUCUCCUCAUUUGAUUCCUAGCCUCCUCGGAGCCGGUGCAGAUAUAUCGAGCAUGUUCAAAUGGGAUUCUGCAGACUCAGAACAAAAGAGUGCAACGAUGCUUGAGGUGGCUGUUGAAUCAGCUAUAGCUAGUCGCUGCCUUGAUGUCGUUAAGAUUGUUUUACGUUUAGGUGCACCGGUGAACAGAGUUUUACCAGACGCCAAUAUGCCUUCUGCUCUUCAGCUAGCGGUUACUCAAGAAUUUGAAUGCGAAAAUUUGAGCGAAGAUCUCACGGUGGAGCUAGUUCAGCUCCUUCUAAAACGGGGCGCAGAUAUUCACAUUCCUGACUUCCUCGGUUUUUACCAUAUUCCAGAUAACUUCUACGGGGGGUUUUCGGAUGCUGUUAGGAUGACACUUUUACAUUCCGCAGAAGCACAGGGUCGUACAUCUUUAGUUAAGGCCCUGGUUUGUGCGGGUGCAGAUGUCAACGAGCGAGCAGGAGAGAAGGGCUUCACGGCAUUCCAAGUGGCCGCCCGGUUUGGGAACGCAGAGAUGGUAAGCUACCUGAUACAGUCAGGUGCCAAUACCAAUGUGCCACAAAUCAUGAUUUUUGAUAAGCCUGCACUGGUCGCGGCAGUGGCAAAGGACGACUUGGAAUUGGUUUCUUUACUGCUUCAGACUGGAGCAGACCCAAAUAUCACGGGAAUGAUCGAUGUCGGUCCUAUGCUGAAGAUGACGGCGUUACAAACAGCAUCAUGCCAGCCUGAAAGUCUUUGGUCUUCAGAUGAUAGUCUAACGAUUAGGCUGGAGAUGGUGAAACUCCUCCUGGACGCAGGGGCUGACCCAAAAACACCACGAUUUACAACUGAUACAGAAGACAGGUCCCCGCUUGCCUGGGCUGUUUUUUCUUACGACACUGAUGUCGUAAAGCUCCUGCUUGACCAUAGUAGUCGCUGCUUUAACCUGAGCCGAGCCUAA